UAAAGCCCUAACCUACACAAACCCUCACUCACUCUAUCAGUUUCCAGCCUUUGCUCCUUAUCCUCACUUCACUACCAUUUCAUUCUCCAUCUUCUCUCUUUCUCUCUCCUCUUCUCUUCGAUAAUCUGCUCUGCUUUCUAUCAACAAUGGCUUCUGCUAAUGCUAUCUCAACCACUUCCAUUCUUUCCACACCCGGAAAGGGAAGCUUGAGGAAAGCAAUUCCUCAGCGGGCGCAGAAGGUGCAUUACAAACCAUCGAGCAGGCGGCUUGUCGUGAGAGCUUCUGCAAAGCAAAUUGCCUUUGACCAAGAUUCCAGGGCCGCCCUUCAGGCUGGCAUUGAUAAACUUGCUGAUGCUGUUGGACUUACCCUUGGUCCAAGAGGGAGAAAUGUUGUUUUGGAUGAAUUUGGUAACCCAAGGGUAGUUAAUGAUGGAGUUACUAUUGCUCGAGCUAUUGAGCUGGCUGAUCCUAUGGAGAAUGCUGGUGCUGCCUUGAUUAGGGAGGUUGCCAGUAAAACAAAUGACUCAGCUGGUGAUGGAACUACAACUGCUUCAGUUCUUGCACGCGAGUUCAUCAGACAAGGUCUGCUCAGUGUUACCUCAGGUGCUAACCCUGUGUCUUUGAAAAGAGGAAUUGAUAAAACUAUCCAAGGAUUAAUAGAGGAACUUGAAAAGAGAGCCAGGCCAGUCAAUGGCCGUGAGGAUAUCAAAGCUAUUGCCACUAUUUCUGCUGGAAAUGAUGAAUUGAUCGGAACCAUGAUUGCUGACGCUAUUGACAAAGUUGGCCCAGAUGGUGUUUUAUCCAUUGAGUCGUCAUCUUCCUUUGAGACAACUGUCGAAGUGGAAGAAGGAAUGGAGAUUGAUAGAGGGUAUAUAUCUCCACAGUUUGUUACCAAUCCUGAAAAAUCAAUUGUUGAAUUUGAAAAUGCUAGAGUCUUGAUAACUGACCAGAAGAUAUCUGCAAUUAAAGAUAUUAUCCCAUUAUUGGAAAAGACCACUCAAAUGAGAGCACCUUUGCUUAUUAUUGCUGAGGAUAUUACUGGAGAAGCAUUGGCCACUCUAGUUGUUAACAAGCUUCGGGGUAUUAUCAAUGUUGCUGCCAUCAAGGCACCAGGAUUUGGAGAGAGGAGAAAGGCUAUGCUUCAAGAUAUUGCUAUCUUGACAGGUGCGGAGUUCAUGGCUAGUGAUUUGGGAUUGGCAGUUGAGAGUACAUCUGUUGAGCAGCUUGGAUUGGCAAGGAAGGUGACAAUAACCAAGGAUUCCACCACCCUCAUUGCUGAUGCUGCAUCUAAAGAUGAACUUCAGGCUAGGAUAGCACAGCUUAAGAAAGAAUUGUUUGAGACUGAUUCUGUUUAUGAUUCUGAGAAGCUUGCUGAGAGAAUUGCAAAAUUGUCUGGAGGUGUUGCUGUUAUAAAAGUUGGUGCAGCCACAGAAACUGAGCUUGAAGACCGUAAGUUGCGAAUUGAGGAUGCAAAGAAUGCAACUUUUGCUGCUAUAGAGGAAGGCAUUGUUCCUGGCGGCGGUGCUGCUCUUGUUCAUCUUUCAACAUGCGUGCCUUCUAUUAAGGAGAGACUGGAGGACCCUGAUGAGCGUUUGGGUGCUGACAUUGUGCAGAAGGCACUUGUGUCACCGGCAUCUCUAAUUGCCUACAAUGCCGGGGUUGAAGGUGAGGUGGUUGUAGAGAAGGUAAUGGCAAGUGAAUGGGAGGUUGGUUACAACGCAAUGACCGACACAUAUGAGAACUUAGUAGAGGCUGGUGUAAUUGAUCCAGCUAAGGUGACAAGAUGUGGUUUGCAAAAUGCUGCCUCUGUUGCAGGAAUGGUAUUGACUACUCAGGCUAUUGUCGUGGAGAAGCCAAGUGCUAAAGCUGCAGCUGCAGCUGCAGCCCAACCCGGUAUGACCAUAUAAGCUAGGGUAUGAUAGGCUACUAAAGGUAGGACUAAUAAUCCAGAUCUUGUUUUGGUAGUGAAGUGUAUCAAAGUUUUGUAUUGAGUAAAAUUAUUGAUGGAAAGAGUAAAUUGAUCGUUGAUUUUGAAGUAGUAUUGCACCUCGAACCGACACUGUGUUCAUUCUUCAGUUACUAUAAUGGGAAAUGAUUUUGGCAGUACAUAAAUUGGUUUUAACUUUUGUCCCAAUUCUGUUUCUUAACUUGUGAUGGAACACUCUCCAAAUAGCUGAAGUCAUUAGACUUUCUGAACUACAAGUCUUUAAUUUGAGAGAAAGACUCUAAUAAAGAAGGAAAAAGAUUUUCAAGUA